CGAGGGUCACAAACCACCCAAAAAACAAAGAAUAGCCUUCCCUCAAGGACGAAAAGACCACGAAAAAUAUAUAUAACGAUAACCAUCAGUGGAGGAGUCAGCUGUGGCCGCCCUGUUACACCGCCAUAGAGCAGAACAGCAGACGAAAUUCGGCUUCUCGUGGCACCCUCUCACCCAGGCACUCAGGAGGCACUAAAAUAACACCCCAAAUACCACAAGACCAGGACCCCCAGGAACAGGAAGAAGCCCAGUACCGAUAUUUAACCCGAGGCUGGCAGUGGAGCGGUGGCCCAAGGCUGUCCACCUCCCCAGCACCUCCACACCUCCUCCACACACACCUGAGUCCUCACCUGUGUGCCAGUGCCUCCCCCCGCCAUGCUGCCCCGGUGCCUGUCCCGCCUGUCACACCCCGUUAGGCGCCUCAGCACCCACACCGCCGCCAGGGCCUCCUUCACCGUGCACGACGAGGAGGACUUCAAAGACCGGGUCCUCAACUCCUCCACCCCAGUCGUUGUUGAUUUUCAUGCACAGUGGUGUGGGCCGUGCAAGCUGCUGGGGCCGCGGCUGGAGACCAUCAUCGGGGGCAAGGGUGAGAAGGUCCACCUGGCCAAGGUCGACAUCGAUGACGUGUCUGACUUGGCCCUCGACUAUGGGGUGUCGGCAGUUCCCUCAGUCCUGGCGGUGAAGGACGGGAAGGUCGUGGACAAGUUUGUGGGUCUACAAGAGGAGUCUAGGAUUGAAGCGUUCGUCAGUCGCCUUAUCGGGGAGUAACGUCAUGUACUCUUUAAAGAUGAAAAAACUAUUGCGAAUGGUUAGGCGGACUUACACAUGUAAAUGGUUUCGUGUAAUGAAUGAUAAAUGCUGCUGCGAUUAGACUGAUGACAGUGUAAAAAGACAAAAUCCUUAUGGAUUGACUGGCAUAGAUGAUUGACUGACUGAUCUACUGACUGACUGACUGUGACUGACCAACAGACUAACUGAUUUAGGUGGAUGAGUUGGUUUCUGUGGAUGGAUGCAAGCAAUUGUUGUGUGUGGGCAUUAAGAGAGACAGAUAGUCAAUACUCCCUGCGAGUGUCGUCCAGUCAUUGCACACCCAAGUGCUAGUCUUUUUUAUAAUCUGUCAGAGGUUCUCUUUUAAGUCCUGUUCAUUCCUAGUACAGGUAUACCACCGAUUUACCAACACCUGACAACCAGCACCUUAUUUUAUGUUCCAGGCACACCUUGGUCUUACAUUUUGAAUACUAAAUGUUUUCAUUCAGUCAGUAAGCUCCACAGGCUAGGGCCUAUGAAAAUGCCUCUGACAACAGAAAGAAAUAGUAGAAAAGUGAGGCUACAUUGCAAGACAUAAUAUUUGUAUCCCCUCCAUUGCACACUGUUCUGCAGGCACCCAUCAAUCAUUCAUCUUCUCGUCAGUGUCACAAUUUUCGCUCUCGCGUAUGUACAAUAUCACGUUCCUCAAUAUGCCGUACCUUCCCAGCAGUUUUUGUGCAAUUUGAAUGCAAACUGAUUCUUGCCUUUAAUUUGUAAUCACAUAAGGACAAAUAUACAUCUCUUCCCUUGCCUCUUAUACAUCUGCAUCUGCUCUCUUUCUGCAUGUCACAUAUCCCUACAUACUCACUUCAUUCACUUGCCUCUUGUCUUUAUCUAAACUCGUCACUAUGGAUGAAAGCAUGACCUAUUUUCCCACAUCUCCAUUCUCUUGCCCUCCCACACUGCACUCUAAAGAACACAGCUCUGAGGCCGCCCACUGCUCCGCUGGUGACGGCCAAGGCGGAGCGUCACCACAAACACAUUUGCAUUGUACUUAACACAGUUUGUACUUUGCCCACGUUCCUUAUUCUGAAUGUGUGUACAGAAGAGAUGUAAUUAUGUACCGUUGAGGUUUCAGUUAGGUAAUAAAGGUUUCAUAGCUAUUUUCA